AUGCAGAAUGAGCGAUUAAUGAAAGACCCACUUGAGAAAAUGAGCAAAAAGCAGAGCUUAAAAACCAGAAACAAGAACAAAAACUACAAUGCUGCAAAGCCCGUGGUUUUAGGGUAUCUGGAGUUGCAAACCUAUGGAAGUUCAAACUCAAGCAAAAAUAUAUCUAAUGACACCAAAAUCAGUGCUGAAAAGAUCACAUCCACUGAAGAAACUGAGGUUCGAUCAGAUAUUAUGGUGGAUUGUACUAGUCAUUUUACUGUUAAACAGGUACGUGAUAUUGGAAGGGCAAAUGGCUUUGUUAUUGUUAUAAGGACGUCGGACUAUGGUGGCGGUAUCAAGAGACUAAGAAUUUAUCUUGCUUGUGAGCGGAGUGGAAAGUAUAGAUCACGUAAAAAGUUGAAAGAUGGCUCAAAAGACUUAUUGAAACAAACUGGUACAAAGAAGUGCGAAUGUCCAUUUGAUUUGAAGGCAUACAAGUUGAAAACAAACGAUGAAUGGAUAUUGAAUGUAGUUUGUAGAUUGCAUAAUCAUCCAGCUGCGGAGCAUCUCCAAGGACAUUCAUCUGCAGGGAGAUUGUCAGCUAAUGAAAAGUCGUUGUUAGUAGAUAUGUCAAAGAGCCUAACAAAUAGAUAUCGGCUUCCUCUUCUUGAAAUUGUGGGAGUGACAUUAACUCAUAUGACAUUCUCCGAGGCUAUCGCAUACUUGCAAACUGAGCGUGUUGAUAAUUAUGCAUGGGCAUUACAAACAUUGCGUGAUCUUAUGGACGACAGUGUUUUACCUGAAGUCAUUGUCAUAGAUAGAGAGCUUACUGUGAUGAAUGCCAUUGACAACACUUUUCCGAAUGCUCAACAUUUGGUUGAGAGUGCUCAUGCUAGAUUGAAGAGGCAAUUAGGUUCAAGUCAAACGACAUUUGAGAUUUCAUUUAAAAAAAUACAUUGUCUACUUGAGUUGCAGCACAUUCAAGUUAAAGCAUCAUUCGAGAAGAGUUUGACAACUAUGCAACAUCAAUUCAAACCUUCUCAAUUCGGAGAGCUUCGGGGUAAUGUGUCUAUUUGUGCAUUAGAGUACGCGUUGGCAGAGAGUAAGAGAGCAAAUUUAGUUAGAAUUGAUGUUGCAGCAUGUGGGUGUGUUCUUAGGCACACACAUGGUUUACCUUGUGCUCACAAGAUUGCAGAUUACAUGAGACAAGGCCGUCCUAUUCCACUCAGUAGCAUACAUGUACAUUGGACGCGACUUACUAUAUGUGUGCAUAAUCUGAAGGUUGAGAAAUUGGAAUUGACUUGUAUCCCAGAACUUGAGAUGAUUUUGAAGCGGUUCAAUGAGUCUGAUAUUGCCAUAAAAUUAGAUAUGUUGAAGAAGUUGAAGGAAAUUGCAAAUCCAGCGAGCACUUUUCUUAUUGAGCCUGAUGUGAAACCUAAUCCACGUCGAGGACAUAAGAAAACUAAUAUAUCUUGUCGUCGUGACCCGUGUGCAUUUGAGUUGGUUGACAAUGGCCAUGAUAGCCAGAGCACAUUAGCUUCCAGUCAGUCAAAGAAAAAGAAAGCUUCGAAAGUGCUUGAUAAGAAGCGGAAUGUGAAGACAAAGACAUAUUGUACAAGAACAAGUUUACCGAGUGCAUAUGCUGGUGACUUCCCACCUAUGUUAAUACCAUUCAUAAAGUUGAUGAAGGAUGUAGAUGGUGAUGGGAAUUGUGGUUUUAAAGCUAUUGCGGGUUUACUUGGUCUUGGAGAGAAUGACUGGGUGCAAGUUAGGCGUGAUCUGUUACUUGAAUUGAAUAACUACAGAGAUGAAUACGUCGUACUAUAUAGAUUGCAUGAGAGGGUUGAGGAGCUGACAUACAUCCUUUCAUAUUUUGAAGAUAGCGCAGGCUUUGAUCGUUGGAUGACUAUGCCUGACAUGGGACAUCUUAUUGCAUCAUUUUAUAAUGUAGUUUUGUACCACUUGUCAUUGCAACAAUGUCUGACUUUCUUACCUUUGAGAUCACCGCCAGUAACCCUAACUGAUCGUCGUGAGAUUACCAUUGGAUUUGUCAAUGGAAAUCAUUUUGUGCAGGUAUUUUUGAAGGCCGGUCAUCCAGUUCCUCCCAUUGCUGUGCUUUGGCGAGUUCACCAUCACACUUGUGCAUCAGAAUGGGAGAAUGCAUAUGUUAGCCGCAUUCAAAAAUUCAAAGACAGCAGAGGACCUAAUGUAGCUACUCGAGAGACAUUUGAUGUAGUUGACAUAGAUUGA